AUGAAGCCAAAAGGUAUCACUGUCGAGGAUGAAGAGGAACUGAUACAACACUUGAAAAAACUACGAAAUAUAUCGAGGACAAGGCCAAAGUUCAAAGUUGGUGACAGAGUUCGAGUUAGUAAGCACAAACACACCUUCGAGAAAGGAUAUACAUUCAAUUGGACGACGGAGAUAUCUAAUGUUGAUCGGAUUAUGUUGACAAGCUCCGUGAAGUACAAGCUCAAAGACUAUCAAGAUCAAUCCAUCGCUGGCGAAUUUUAUGAACAAGAACUUCUUAAAGUUAAACAUCCAGACAUUUACCUUGCAGAAAAAGUAAUCAAGAAAGGUGGCAGCAAAAUAUUUGUAAAGUGUUUGGGCUUUGACAUUUCACUCAACAGCUGGAUAGCUCAAUCUGAUAUGUAA